GCCAUGUUGGUUUACGUCAUCAUCUUCGUGGCGGAUUCACUUGACGUCCUCUUUCGAGUUCAGUGUUGGAAUUUGACACAACAGUGGGACGUUGAAGAUUUAGAAUCUUCAGUUUACUUGGGGGCUGAAUUACAUUCCAGGAAAAAGGUGAUUCAUUUGUCAACUACAUUUAACUGAUUACUUUUAUUUGAAUGGCUCGCCUCGGGCUUGGGCGGGCGCAUGAAGGCCCAUAAACAAUUGACCGCAACGACCCCAGUAACAACCUACAAGCUAAUAUUCACGAUUUUCUGUUUUACAUACAGACUAUUCGGCAAAUAAUAAAGCUGCAGAGUAAUUCUGUGUUUUACAGUCCGCCUGAUAUUAAAUGUUUGUUAAUAUCUGUCUUAGUGCACAUGGCUUCAUUGACUUCAUUUUGCGAGAUGCUGGAAUGCAGUACAAGUAACAAGAGCUCAAGUAUCUUUUGAUUUGCGUGGUUUUCGACGAAAUACUCAGGCAUGUCCGCCCCGGUAAGGAACUACAAUUAGUGUUAAUGUCUGGUUGACGAAGUUACUUCCAAAUGUGUGUUACUACAAGCAAAUUCUAGAUUAUAGAGGUGCACGCAGCGCAGGUAGACGAAAUCGGCGCUUAGCUUAUUUGAACCUAAGAUUAUCAGCAAGGUAGUGAGUUAGGCGAAGUAAUAGGAAAUCAUCAUGGUAGCAGGAACAAAUUUAACUAAGCAGGUGAGUGUUGUGUAUGUCUUUUACCACGCUAACUUUACAAUUUUUCUUUUAAAGUUUAACAAAAUUCCAUUCUCUUACAAGCAUUUGUUUAUAUUUGUGAGCCUAGUUUACAAGUGUUCAUGUUACUCUAUUCUUGUCAUUCAUGAGAGUUUUAUGGAAUUUGAAAAAUGGCUACUUGGUUUAAUAUAAACUUUUGCUAAAUUGCAGAAACUAAACUUUUGAUCCAUCGCCGUUUCAAUAUUUAUGCUCGUGUACAAAGAGAAUGUUUACAGCCAUUUUGAAAAUUUUAUAUGUAUUGAGAAACACUUGAAUGUGUCGUCAGGAGUUUUGAGAAGAUUUGAAUGCUUUCUAUAUCAACAAGGGGCUCUUCAAAUAUGUUAUUAUUUCACUGUCUUACUAUGAAAUUGUGUUGUACUUGUCUAUAAUAAAUACAAUAUUUUUAUGGUUAACGUAGUAAUCAACUUUUAUUAACAAUCUUUUGUUACAUGUACUUACUUUUAAACAUGUUUUGAUACAUUUUUGGUGAUACCGUUUAUUGUAUAUACCUCCUUCAGACUGUUUUCGCGUUUUAAUUAGCUUAUUGUUUUUGUUGUCACGGUUUUUACUACUUUUUGUAAUAAUUAGCCCUAACUGAUGUUAGGAAACAUUGGACCCUUGGAAAAAGCUUUAUCAGAUUCAUGAAAUUUCCAAGUGACCAAGUCCAUUGUUGAGUUAGACCAGAAACAAGAGAAGUGCUGAGAUAAGCAUAGUGUUUUGAUAAAAUUCAUUGGCCAUUUUUCGUCUCAGCAGUGCACAAAGAAUAUUAUUACUUCAUAGUUUCUGCAUGUACCUUAUGGAGACACAAAGAUAUCUUCCAUUCAAAAGUAUUAAUAAAAAAGAAGUCUACAACUCUCUCAGGGAUAUAAAAAUCCAUUGAGGAGCGCAUUCAGCAGUUUUAUAAACCUACAGUCUCAGUCAAAAUGGUUGGGACACUUUGGGGUCUCCUUGUCCCCCCAAUGUUGGUGUACAAGAUUUGGUGACCAAACCGCGAUAAACAACUUUGAGAGGGACGAGGGGAGCACGAGAAGGGAAAAAGCAGCGUUUGGUUAAAGUGUCCCAACUAUUUUUGUCUGAGACUGUGUCAGGGAGGAAUUUGAAGGCGUGUUGACAGAUACAGAGGUUAAUCUGUAGGUCGGUCACAAGCGACGGGCUUUUGGUUUGUUGGGUAUCCAUUGUGUUUCGCGAACGUUUCUAUAGCAGUGGACUAAGUUAUUUGGGCAUAACAACAUAACACAAAGAAUGACCAGUUCGCAGAAAUUUCUUGGGCAGAGUAGAGUAUUGUAAAAUAAAAGGAACUGAGUGUGCACUAAACCGUACACAAAUAGCUUUCUAGUGGCCGAUUGAUAGCGUGACAAUAUAGCACGUGCAUACUAUCUACGUAACAUUCAGGGUUUUCAUAUACAGAGAGGCGCUCGAAUGUGCCACAUUUCUUAAAAAAAAUGUGUGGAGAAUAAUAGAGAAGGCCUCUUUGCCAAGAAAGAGUGUAGGAACAAGGCUCAAAGGGACGCAUUUCUAACUUAAGGGCAAGAGGCGAAAGACAGCUGAAAGAGCGAUUAAGCGAUUUCGAGAGAAAGGGGGAAACUUUUCCUCAGUUUGGAGGAAAAUGCAACAAGCCAGGAUUAUUCCCAAGACCUAUCAGCGAGAACAGUAUCCCGCUUUCUAAAUUUCUAAAGAUACUAUUGACUACAAGCGCGUAAAAAGGGUGUCCAACAAUAGUGUAACUGUUUGGUCCGACGCCAAAAAGUUUCUUAAUGAUAUUCCAGGCUACUGCUGUGAAAUCGACAACUUUUUAUAAGUUGUUUACAACAUAUGUUAAUUUGGCCUUGCGCCAAAUGGUGACAUCGGUUCUCAUUCUUUACCCCAAAUAUACACCUUCCUGAAUAACUCUAAAACAAACUACUGUGCCAUAAAUGUGGGACAUGAGGUACAAAACAUGAAUCAUAUAAAACGAGGACACUACCUAUCCUUGAAACCUCCAAAAAAGCGUUCUACUCGACGUGUACACGGGUCACCGUACAUUAAUUCAAUUAAGAUAUUUAUAAGUUUCUUUCAGCGAACAAUCGUGUCACCAUGAUCAAAGUUUUAAUAACUUGUCUUACAUGUAUCAAGGCGAUAUAAACCUUGGCUAUUUCAAUUAAGUAUGAAAGUACCUUAUCCUUUUCUUUCUUAAUCCAUUAUAUAUACAAGAGAGCUCUUAGAAAACGCCCUGGAUAGUAUGGUGACCCGUUAUGGUGACCCGUCCAAUCGUGUCUCCACUGGUACAAGAUAUUCGCGGCAAGAUACACAGCCUGCGAAAUAAUGCGCGCAGUUUUGACUCAUCCGUUGUUCACUCUUUAACCCUAAUACCUAGAAAGCUUUUUUAAUACCGUGGAAUGUUGUAAUUAAAGAAACAAAGACUUCUUUCCUCUAUUAAUUGUCUUCUCUCUUUCUAUCCUUGAAAUCUUUAAUGUUUUUCCCGAAAAAAUGGCUCCGAAACGUGCAUAUACCUACCUAGUGAUUUCCCGCCACUAGAGCCAACGAGGAGUCACAUAACUAAAAUUCCUCAAAAACACAGUCUCAGUCAAAAUGGUUGGGACACUUUGGGGUCUCCUUGUCCCCCCAAUGUUGGUGUACAAGAUUUGGUGACCAAACCGCGAUAAACAACUUUGAGAGGGAUGAGGGGAGCACGAGAAGGGAAAAAGCAGCGUUUGGUUAAAGUGUCCCAACUAUUUUUGUCUGAGACUGUAGGUGCAUUGUCUAGUGAUACACUGCGGGCUGGACAGGAGUUGUCAUCUAUGAUAAGCUCUUGCAGUUCAAUACAUCACACAAUCAAAUGUUAAUCAAAUUCAAGAUUUUCAAAACAAAAACUACUGGAGACAAGGGAUACGGGAGAGAGGUCCGUUUUUAAAGAGAACUUAGAAAAUCUUCUGUUUUGAGUUAGUAAAAGUAAGGUUAUACCAGGUAUGGUAAAAUUGGCAAAAUUAAUGCCCUUCCAGGACAGUUAAACUAUCCAAGGUGAGGUUUCUUGGAAAGGGUGACAUGAAGUGUCCUGUAUUUUAUAAGAGUAAAAGAAACGAAGGAUACUCAAAAGUUAUGUUGUAAAUUUUUAUAGUGAAAUAAGUUCCAGCCAAUAAGAGCAAUGAACACAUAAGAAAUAUCCAAUCAUUUGACAUGAAAUUUGUAUGUGUAAUUAAAUGGUGACAAGUGAAAUUAGGGAAUAUCAGCAAUCUUACAUGUGUUUUGUCCAAAUCCUGAUAAUGGCGAGGGAAAUUAUUGAGAUUCUGACAAAACGCAAUUGAAAUUAUUCCCUAAUUUCACGAAUAUCCCAUUUAAUUACCUACCAAUAUCAUGGGUGACUAAUUACACUCACAAUCGUAGGAUUUUGACGUUGCCAUGAAAUUGAUUCUGGAUUGAGAACUCCACGCAGUGAACACUUUCAAGCUUAAAUUGUAGCUUAAGUUCAUAAAUUUUCAGAUUUUUUUGACAAAAUACAUGAAAGAAUCCUUCUGGAUGCGCUCUUUCGUGUGUUUAGGGUCUUUUAAUGUCCUGAUAUCUUCAUAAUAUUUUAAAACUUUGCCGCCAUCUUGGCACUAAAACGACAGAAGGUUGCCAUAGCAAUUUUGUAAUUUCAGGUGUGAAAUUACAAAUUAGUAUAGGUAAUAGCAUGAUUUGUAGUGAUAUUUGGCCUAAAUACCACAAGUGAUAUUUCGAAAUUGUUAUACGUAAUUUCAUGAGCCGAUAGGCGAGUGAAAUUUGAGACAAUUUUGAAAUAUCACGAGUGGUAUUUAUGCCAAAUAUCACGUACAAAUCAUGCCAUUAUUUGUUUAUACUACUACGCGCAAAGGGUUUGUAAUUUUCACAUGUAAGUAUUUCAAAUUAAGCUGAAAUACCACUGCUCUAAGCCAAUCAAAUUGCAGAAUUUUUUCAUGUAGUGGUAUAAACACUGAAAUUUUGGGCCAGUUAUCACCCAUGAUUUUAAGACUUUUAUUCUUAUUUAUUUAUUUAUUUAUUUAUUUAAUCGCUCUUACCAUGAUUACAAUACUAAAAAACACUAGGGGAAAAAAAUACUUAUGAACAAGACACAAAAAUGAAGGACGAAGGUACAGGACACAUAACAGAGCGAGGCUCCAAAUUAAGUGUGCUCUUAUUCUCUGUGUUGUGUGGAAUUUGCCCCAUGACAAUUGUACCAAAUGCCCUAGCUUUGGUCAUUUUAAAAUCUUUUGCAGGGAAGUUGUCUGAAUGAAGGAUAGUGUUUCUCAUUAAAAUAGUGCCUGUUAAUAGAAUAGAAUGGCUUUGUUAAUCUCAAAUGUUACAAAAAUGUUAUUACUCUUAACUGGCAGCCAUCUUUAUAUUAAAUGUACUGAGGAGAUAGGCCUUGGGGUUUUUAGUGGUGGGGAAGGGUGGCAAGAACAAUAGGGAGGCCGUCCUUACGUUGCUGGGAAAUCAAAGGGAGACAUCAAUGUUAUUUUUUAGGAGUGCUUUCCUUUGUCUGUUAUUUGACAUCGUCAGGUAAAAUGAUAAGUGGAAAGCUGUCAAUAUUGAUGGAGAAGUCAUUCAUGUUACCCUGCAGUUCAGUAACUGAGGCUGCCUCAUUGUAUUCAGUGGACAGCAUCUCAUGUGUCACUGUUUCCCUAACUUCUGGGUCAUGUUUGGCCAUAAAAAUGCAUGGAAGGAGCCCCCCUAACCCACCCUUUCCAGUUGGUAGCUCUUCUCCAGGUUUUGCUUAUGUUUGAAACCAAGGUAGCUGCCUUUUACAGUAAACCCAAAGAUCUUACAGACAAAUAGAGGACUGUUAACAGACUAAUGACCUAUGUGACAACAAAAAAAACCCAGCUAUUUUAUUCAAACUGGUAGCAAUUUUUCUUACAUUUUUACCUGUGUAUUCUGCAAAAGGCCAUUUACAAUAAUAUUAUUAUAUUAUUCCUGUCUCACCUGGAUUCAAAAUUUGUAGUAAUAUUUGUUGCCACCCAGUAAUAAUUUUUCAAAGAGUGUGGUGUUUUUCUUAUUACCAGUAGUUAGUGUACACCAGCAAGUUGCAUUAUAUGAGUUAGCUUAACUUGGAAAUAAUAAAAGAUUAUGCCAGAAUGAUGCAUUCCUUUCAGUUAGUGCAUUGUAUGUAAUAAUCAUAAUAUAAUGUGGGAGCCCUGAGUAUGGUGUCAUGCACUCAUCAAGUCAGCAACACGUGUAGCUACUGUACAUAAACACUAUUUACAAAAAAGGGCUAACAAACAGUGUCGAUUGGGCAAGCAGCUCUCACAUUUCGCUUGCCCAGGGCCAUUUCUUGCUCAUCUUAGAUAAUGAUUUUAUUAGAGGAUGACUUACCUUGGGCCCAUUUCUUGAAAGUCCCGGUAACUUUUCGGGCCCAAAAUCAUAUUUUCAAAUCGAAAUAUAGAGAAUAAGAGCACAGGUCCUGGAUAACAAACUGCUUCAUUUUGUUUCAUUAACUGAUAGUUUCAUCACGUUAGAUGCAAAACUAUUGAAACCUCUAUCUUGCAUGUAAACAACAACUGCUUUACGUGCCCAUUAAUUAUCGGGUCUUUCAAGAAACGGGCCCCUGGGCCCUGGUCCAUUGAACAAGUGAGCUUUAAAAGUUACCUGCCCAGCAAGAAAAUCUACUUGUCCCAGACUACUGGACAGGACUUUUUUUGAGUGCUGAUGAAGUGGACCUUAAGGUUGAAUUCUAGAACCUUUUUCCUUUGGCUAUAAAAGUAAUAGUAAAAGAUGUAACAGCAUCUCAAGUGGCCCUGUCACCAUCACCCUCUUGUCCUACCACUUAAUCUACAAAGAUGUAGUAAUCUGGAACUAUUGUAAAGAUUUUCAAAAAUUAUAUUUGUGACUAGCUAGUAAAAAGUGUCACAAUAAAAAAAAUGAUGUAGGGGCUGAAGAACCCUUUGUGGGACCCUCCAGACAGACAGUUCUUUACUGGUGUAGAAGUGAGUUGAUUAAUUUGUUCUCUGUCAGUUGAGUUAUGUUUUUUUUUUCCUUAGGCUAUUCUUGCCAAAGCGUUGUUUGACAAUCUUGCUGAUGCUCCUGAUGAAUUAAGCUUCAGAAAAGGAGAUAUUAUCACUGUGCUUGAGCAAGAUGUGGAUGGUCUGAUUGGCUGGUGGCUUUGCUCCUUGCAUGGCAGGCAAGGUAUUGCCCCAGGAAAUCGCAUGCAGCAGAUUAAGAGAAGAGUAGAUGAACACACCUCACCUGAACCAACAGUAUCAAGUGAGGUUUUCACCUUUGAAGAUAUUGAUUAUGAUGUUCCCAGGUCCCAGGAAGGACAAGAUUAUGCAGUACCAAGAGGUAUUAGGAGUCCUGACUAUGAUGUCCCAAAUGCUGAUAGCCAAGAGAGCAAUUUUGCUAAUGGUACUUCACCAGCUUUUGACCUCAGUAGUAAGCAACAUGAAACUGAAAAUAUUGUUGACAACUAUACUGCUACUGCUGAAGUGUAUGAUGUACCUUCUGCAUUUCUUGAAGAUGAUAUCCAGGGAGAUAUUUAUGACACUCCAUCAAAGUCAGCUGAUCAGGAACCACAAAAUCCUACUGUUCUCCCUAAAGUAUUCCCUAGUCCUUUUCAAGAAAAUUGGAGGGGAGAAAAUGACAAGAAACAACAAUCAGUCAUCUGUAAUGAACCUGACCUGUACUCUGAAAUCUAUGAUGUUCCUGUCAUAUCUGGUGAUGGGGAUAAAAUUGAUGGUAUUGACAAAAUAACAGAAGGAGUGAAUGUGUCACUUGAUGUUAAUAAAAAUCCUGCACGUUUGUCCGGUAAUAGUAGUGAUGGUAAACGUCAGUCAUCUAGCAGCACAGAUAGUGUAAAGUUGAGUUCAGAGGAUGAUGACUAUGUCGACUAUCAAGACAUUUAUGGAGAUGGACGUGAGCAAGAGGUCAAUGUGUACGAUGUUCCAGUUCUGGUAGGUCUCAAUACCUGGGACUCCAGCACAUAAGCCACACCUUUUUGUGCUUAAAUUUUGCUCAAACUUUAGGUUGUGGCUUAUCUGUGAGGAUAUCUUAUGCCAAAGUCUGAUCGUUACAAAAACAAAACCCAAGUCAGUCCUCAAGGACAAAAAUACCAUGCUAUCUUCAACAAGUUGCAUGGUAAAUGGCAAAUUGUUUCUCUGCUAUUCAGGAAAUCCCUUUUUAGAUGAUUUUGUUGUCAAUAGAGUUUUUCCAAUUUUCCCUACAAAUUUUGUUUCCUAGGAGUUUAGAAAAUCAGUAUGAGAUGAUCCACUUUCUUUUAGGCUUGUAGAAUUUUGAUUGUUUUGAUGAGAGGCCAUUGUUCAAGCAGAGAAAAAGGUCAAAUUUCGCAAGGUUUUCAGGGACAAAUUUGUGCAAAAAAUGGCCGAUUUUGUGGGAUUUUUACGGAAAUUUUCAGGGUAAAUUUGGGUGAGAAAACAUCAAUAAAAUAUGGCCAAUUUCGAGGAUAUUUUCUGGGCAAAUUUUGCUAAUAAUCGGUCCGUUUUGCGACAAUCUGACCAUCGUUUUUAACAUUUUUGUAACCAGGAUAAUCAUUCGUUUUUUUCAACCACAAUACCAUCAAGAAACGAGCCAAUGGAAAAGUUUUUUGUGCCAUGGCUAAUGCCCCGUUUUUAGCAACAUAAUCUACGCCUGGUAGUUUGGAGAUAUUGUUGGCUCGCUUCUGUGAUGAAGUUUUAACAUAAAUUUGUGAGUUUACAGCAAGUAAACAGCCCCAAUAGCUGAGAUAAGUUUCAAGUAUGUCGUACAGACAUGUAUUUGAUCUAAUUUGUUGUGAAUUUUGUGGUAUUUUGUGUGUUUCUGUGAAUUUCGUGGACUUACCUCAAUUUCGCAGCUCCUUGACCGCGUGAAAUAUCAGAAACCCUGUUUGAGGGUAAUGGGUGGAAGGUGGGAUGCUGUGUUAAAAAUGUGACCACUUCUUAAUGUAAUUCAUAAUAGUGGCAAAUGAUAUCGCUUGCCCCAAUAUUUUAUUUGAAAGGAAUUUGGUGUAAAAAGGUGCAGGCAUGUUCUCUGGAAUCAAGUGACAAAAGAAUGUCAGGGUUACUUCUGUUAUCAAAGAAAACAGGUUGUAAAAAUGAAUUGGCUUAAAUGUUUUUAGUUAAUGCAGUGCUUUCUGUUUAUUUUUUAGCCAAUUUCACUUCAGGAUGAGGGUCAAAGUUUCAAUGGAGGUCCUACCCCAAAACGAACCCAAAUAAGUAUCUUACAGCGUAUUAACAUGUCUGCUGUCAAAGAAUUAAAGUUGGAUCCAUCGGCAGCACUGCAGCGCCUUACAAAACUAGAACAAGCUGUAAAUGUAACAGUUAGUAAGCUGUUAAGCUUUGUUACAACUUCUUGGAGGAAUCCAAAUAUUCUGAAACCUCUCCUAGCUGACAUCAGAGAUAUUGCAGGUAAAGCAAAAGUAGCCUUAAGAUUAUUGACGGAAUUUGGCCUUAGUUCCCUUGUCAAUGCAAGAAAACUUACAAGCCAAGAACUAAGUGGGAGACUUAGCAGAGCAAUAGAGCCUUUACUAGAAACAUAUUACUCAGUAAAAUUGGCUUUGCAAAGGCUUGAUGGGCAAGACUGGAGGUUGCCUUUAGAUAAAACUGACAACACUCAUGAUGAUCUGGAUCUGAUCAUGGUUCACAUUCGGCCUGUUCCUGAGAAUACACAAGCCUUGGCAGCAAUCGUACGUUCUGCAGCCAUGACACUGUAUAAUUUGCCAGCCAAGGGGAGCAGAGACAACCAAGCCACUAAGAAAUCAGAGGUUUUGAUUAACUCUGAGGAGUCCAAGACACACACACCAAAGAAAGAGAAUAUAAGUGGCCCUGAGAAGAGCAGUGAGAACUCAAAUGAAGAGAAACAAUUUACACUGAUUAAAUCUGUGGUAAAAGAUGUCGUUGAUACAAAUUUCAAGCCCACAUCAAAUGGUGGGAAGUGGAGCCCCACAACUGUGCGCCGUGUUUGUGGAAUGGACACACCUAAAAGGGAUAGUGCUGGUUGGUCUGAUGAAAAUGUGGCACCAAACCUACCAUUACGUUUGCAAACCAGUAAAGAAAAAUUGAAAAGUUCCAGCUCUGAAGAUGAAGUAAAAUCUUCACCACCACCUCCUCCUGAAAGAAGGGAUAGCAGUGAAAAGUGUCAACACCUGAGGCAAAAAAGUAUAGAGAAGUUUCCUUUUGAUACUACAGGAGGACCUCCCCCAAAGCCAAAAUUAGAUAGAAAAAACACAACAAGAAAAAGCUACAAAAUUCCUUUGUUUACUGAUCAUAAUCGGGAUAAUGAAAACAUUUUACGCAGAGAGCAUAAUGAAUCUGAGUCAGAGCCAACAGGAACUAGACGAAAGUGCAAUUCUGAUCCAACACAGUUACUUGAACAGAAUAAGGAGGUUGCAGAAGGAAGAAGAAUGACACUGUCUUCAGACAGAAACAAGGUUGUUUCUUUGAUGAAACAGACAACAGUUCAUGUUUCUGAUUCUGAUUUGCCGCAAAGCUUAAGACAAUCAAAGAGUGCGCACUCAUUUACAUCACAAUUUGGAGAAAAGGUCAGUUCUGGAUUUCCCAAGUUUGAUGCACUACAGCAUCGCCCUCUUUCAGACCUGAUAAAAGGUGAUGGUACCUCAAAUGGAGUUAUGGUGUCUUUGAAUGAUCGUGAACUUCUAGAGUUUUAUAAAUAUGAGAUUGAUGCACAGCUUUUUGUGCUUAGUGAGGCUGUAAAAAGUUUUUUUGCCGUGGUGGAAAAAGCAGAAAGUCCAAAGGUGUUUGUUUCCAACAGCAAGUUUAUUGUGUUGAGUGCCCAUAAAUUUGUGUACAUUGGUGACACUCUUGGCAAGAGAAUCAAGCAUAGCGAGUUGAGAGGUCAUGUGAUGAGUGUUACUAACAAACUAUCUAACUGUAUCAAGAUUUUAGUAAGUGCAACAAAGUCUGCGGCAUUGCAGUAUCCUGCAUCAAAUGCCAUCAAAGAAAUGAGUGAUGCUGUUGUUGUGGUGAAUGAUGUUGCUGUUGAGCUGUACCAGAUAGUAAAGAAAACUACAAAGGCCUAAUAAUAUUAUGAUGUGAUAGAUCCCGAGGUCAGUAUUACAUCCCAUCAGCCUAAACCCCUUGGUCUUCUUAUAAAGUUUACACAACAUAGUAUUCUUUUUUGCUUCCACUCUACACUUAGUUGAAAUUUCUAAGUCUCUUGAAAAUUCUGCCCAGCAAAUGUUCAUGAAAGUUUAUAAGUUUCUUAAAUUUUUAAGGGAAAAAAAUUCAGAAGAGGGUGAGGAGAAAUCAAACUUGGAGUGUAGAGUCUCUGUUCCAUCACCUAUACCACGAGGCCACUGAGGAUUUGCUGGCUAGUGAUGGUUUGAUUCAAACCUAUAUAGCCAUAACCCUUACCCUAAAUAGAAGCUAACACUAUUUUCAGGGCUUAACCCUAAUCACCAUAGUCAGUGCUUAAUCCUAAUUGCUAUUUCCAGUGCUUAACCCUUAUCAGUGUUUCUUAACCCUGAUUACUAUAGUCAGUGCUGGAAACCAAAAUGAUAAGGAAUACUACGCUGUGUAAACUUCAUGAGAUGUCUGAGGGGGUUAAGGCUGAGGGGAUCUAAUUCUAACCAGAUCCAGAAGACAACAGUCAUAGCAGUUGUUAACAAAAUGGUAGCUUUUGCAGUCCAAGCUGUUAUGCUUCACUCAGGUGAACAACUUUAUGUGUUUAAACAUCAUUUUGUUCACAAUUUAAAGGGAAGCAGUAUGAUCCCAUUCAUUAGUGAUUUUACACAUUAAUUAUUUCUAAAAAACAGAUAGGCAUUUUCAAGUCUGUGAAUAAUGCUGCCUCCCCUGAAUGCUCUCUGCUGCUUGGGACAUUUCACGUUAUGUCCCUAGCAGCAAAAAGUGAUGAGAGGUGGCUGCAUGAUUGCAGGCUAGUUAUUAGGAAUUGCCACAUUUAGGAGUAAGUUGGGCAGACCAAAGAAGUAGAAUAAAUUAAUCAUAAAUUAAGGAAUAAUAUGACACAUUUCAAAUAUUUAUUGAAAUGCUGUCUUGAAUGUCCAGGCACAAUAUUAUUAACACUUCUUCUCGUUACUAAACACUGUGCAAGCUAGACUGGUGUGUCUGGGCUAGGCCUAAUGAAGAAGUUACAUGCACACAGUAAUGACUAAUAUUUUACAAAAUCAAACCUAAUUGCUUAAAAGUACUGGGCCCAGUUUGAAAGCUGGUUAGUACUAACACGGGGUUAAAUUUUAACCUG